CUCAAGCAAUCUCCUUGGGUUCCUCUGAGGGGCCCCUGGGAUCCCCUAUCAUUGGUUCCUCUCACAGAAGCAUACCCUUCUCCAGAGCCAAAGGAUCAGAUAUUCAGUGGCUCAGGUAACAAACCUGCUGUCAGGUUACAGAUAUUGUUUCCUGAAAGACCACACUACAGUGUCAGUGGAGCCUCAGGCUGCCUGCAGUGCCCUGCCCUCACCUGGCUAUCCCACACAGUUGAGAUUAACCAGAACUCCCCUCCGGUACCAGUGUUCACCUGGAAACAUGGCUCUGAGCCUCUGGCCCCUGCUGCUACUGCUGCUGCUGCUGUCCUUUGCAGUGACUCUGGCCCCUAUGGGCCUCAGUCCCCGGACCCUGGUCUCUCCUUCCUGAAGUCAUUGCUCUCCACUCUGGACCAGGCUUCCCAGGGCUCCCUGAGCCACUCACGGUUCUCUACAUUCCUGGCCAACAUUUCUUCUUCCUUUGAGCCUGGGAGAAUGGGGGAAGGACCAGUAGGAGAGCCCCCACCUCUCCAGCCACCUGCGUUCCAGCUCCAUGAUUUUUUAGUGACACUGACAGGCAGCCCCGACUGGGAGCCAAUGCUAGGGCUGCUGGGGGAUCUGCUGGCACUGCUGGGACAGGAGCAGACUCCCCGAGAUUUCCUGGUGCACCAGGCAGGGGUGCUGGGUGGACUUGUGGAGGUGCUGCUGGGAGCCUUAGUUCCUGGGGGCCCCCCUACCCCAACUCGGCCCCCAUGCACCCGUAAUGGGCCCUCUGACUGUGUCCUGGCUGCUGACUGGUUGCCUUCUCUGCUGCUGUUGUUAGAGGGCACACGCUGGCAAGCUCUGGUGCAGGUGCAGCCCAGUGUGGAUCCCACCAAUGCCACAGGCCUCGAUGGGAGGGAGGCAGCUCCUCACUUUUUGCAGGGUCUGUUGGGUUUGCUUACCCCAACAGGGGAGCUAGGGUCCGAGGAGGCGCUUUGGGGCGGUCUGCUACGCACAGUGGGGGCCCCCCUCUAUGCUGCCUUUCAGGAGGGGCUGCUCCGUGUCACUCACUCCCUGCAGGAUGAGGUCUUUUCCAUUCUGGGGCAGCCAGAGCCUGAUGCCAAUGGGCAGUGCCAGGGAGGUAACCUUCAACAGCUGCUCUUAUGGGGCGUCCGGCACAACCUUUCCUGGGAUGUCCAGGCGCUGGGCUUUCUGUCUGGAUCACCACCCCCACCCCCUGCCCUCCUUCACUGCCUGAGCGCAGGUGUGCCUCUGCCCAGAGCUCCUCAGCCCUCAGCCCACAUCAGCCCACGCCAACGGCGAGCCAUCACUGUGGAGGCCCUCUGUGAGAACCACUCAGGCCCAGCACCACCCUACAGCAUUUCCAACUUCUCCAUCCACUUGCUCUGCCAACACACCAAGCCUGUCACUCCACAGCCCCCUCCCAGCACCGCUGCCAUCUGCCAGACCGCUGUGUGGUAUGCAGUCUCAUGGGCACCAGGUGCCCAAGGCUGGCUACAGGCCUGUCAUGACCAGUUUCCUGAUGAGUUUUUGAAUGCGAUCUGUAGUAACCUCUCCUUUUCAGCCCUGUCUGGCUCCAACCGCCGCCUGGUGAAGCGGCUCUGUGCUGGCCUGCUCCCACCCCCUACCAGCUGCCCUGAAGGCCUGCCCCCUGUUCCGCUCACCCCAGACAUCUUUUGGGGCUGCUUCUUGGAGAACGAGACUCUGUGGGCUGAGCGACUGUGUGGGGAGGCAAGUCUACAGGCUGUGCCCCCCAGCAACCAGGCUUGGGUCCAGCAUGUGUGCCAGGGCCCCUCCCCAGAUGUCACUGCUUUCCCACCCUGCCACAUUGGACCCUGUGGGGAAUGCUGCCCAGAUGGGGGCAGCUUCCUGGUGAUGGUCUGUGCCAAUGACACCAUGUAUGAGGCCCUGGUGCCCUUCUGGCCUUGGCUAGCAGGCCAGUGCCGGACAAGUCGUGGGGGCAAUGACACUUGCUUCCUAGAAGGGCUGCUGGGCCCCCUUCUGCCCUCUCUGCCACCACUGGGACCAUCCCCACUCUGUCUGACCCCUGGCCCCUUCCUCCUUGGCAUGCUAUCCCAGUUGCCAUGCUGUCAGUCCUCUGUGCCAGCCAUUGCUCACCCCACACGCCUACACUAUCUCCUCCGCCUGCUGACCUUCCUCUUGGGUCCAGGGACUGGGGGCGCUGAGGCCCAGGGGAUGCUGGGUCGGGCCCUACUGCUCUCCAGUCUCCCAGACAACUGCUCCUUCUGGGAUGCCUUUCGCCCAGAGGGCCGGCGCAGUGUGCUACGGACAAUUGGGGAAUACCUGGAACAAGAGGAGGAGCAGCCAACCCCACCAGGCUUGGAACCCACUGUCAACCCCAGCUCUGGUAUAAGCAAGAUGGAACUGCUGGCCUGCUUUAGUCCCUUGCUGUGGGAUCUGCUCCAGAGGGAAAAGAGUGUUUGGGCCCUGCAGAUUCUAGUGCAGGCAUACCUGCAUAUGCCCCCAGAAAACCUCCAGCAGCUGGUGCUUUCAGCAGAGAGGGAGGCUGCACAGGGCUUCCUGACACUCAUGCUGCAGGGGAAGCUGCAGGUACCACCAUCCGAGGAGCAGGCCCUGGGUCGCCUGACAGCCCUGCUGAUCCAGCGGUACCCGCGCCUCACCUCCCAGCUCUUCAUUGACCUGUCACCACUCAUCCCUUUCUUGGCUGUCUCUGACCUGAUGCGCUUCCCACCAUCCCUGUUAGUCAACGACAGUGUCCUGGCUGCCAUCCGGGAUUACAGCCCAGGAAUGAGGCCUGAACAGAAGGAGGCUCUGGCAAAGCGUCUGCUGGCCCCUGAACUGUUUGGGGAAGUGCCUGCCUGGCCCCAGGAGCUGCUGUGGGCAGUGCUGCCCCUCCUCCCCCACCUCCCUCUGGAGAACUUUCUGCAGCUCAGCCCUCACCAGAUCCAAGCCCUGGAGGAUAGCUGGCCAGCAGCAGGUCUGGGGCCCGGGCAUGCCCGCCAUAUGCUGCCCAGCCUGGUAAACCAGAGUGUCCAGGAUGGUGAGGAGCAGGUACGCAGGCUUGGGCCCCUCGCCUGUUUCCUGAGCCCUGAGGAGCUGCAGAGCCUAGUGCCCCUGAGUGAUCCGAUGGGGCCGGUAGAACGGGGGCUGCUGGAAUGUGCAGCCAACGGGACCCUCAGCCCGGAAGGAUGGGUGGCAUAUGAACUUCUGGGGGUGUUGCGCUCAUCUGGAGGUGCGGUGCUGAGCCCCCGGGAGCUGCAGGUCUGGGCCCCUCUCUUCCCUCAGCUGGGCCUCCGCUUCCUGCAGGAGCUGUCAGAGCCCCAGCUUAGAGCCAUGCUUCCUGCUCAGGGAGCUAGUGUUACACUUGCUCAGGCUGUCCUGCUGCUUGGACGGCUCCUUCCUAGGCACGAUCUAUCCCUGGAGGAACUCUGCUCCUUGCAUCUUCUGCUGCCUGGCCUCAGCCCCCAGACACUCCAGACCAUCCCCAGGCGAGUCCUGGUUGGGGCUUGUUCCUGCCUGGCCCCUGAACUGUCACGCCUCUCAGCCUGCCAGACCGCAGCACUGCUGCAGACCUUUCGGGUUAAAGAUGGCGUCAAAAAUAUGGGUACAACAGGUGCUGGUCCAGCUGUGUGUGUCCCUGGUCAGGUAAGUGUGAGAUCUCCCAGGGAAGUGCUGGAGACCUUAGGCCCUUUGGUUGGAUUCCUGGGGAUAGAGAGCACACGACAGAUCCCCCUACAGAUCCUGCUGUCCCAUCUCAGUCAGCUGCAAGGUUUCUGCCUAGGAGAGACAUUUGCCACAGAGCUGGGAUGGCUGCUAUUGCAGGAGUCUGUUCUUGGUUCUCUCAGCUCCCCAGCCCCUGAUUUUCUUCCUGUCCCCAGGAAACCAGAGUUGUGGAGCCAGGAUGAAGUAGAGCAAGCUGGACGCCUAGUGUUCACUCUGUCUACUGAGGAGGCCUUGGGUCCAGAGACCCUGGAGCGGCUUCUAGAAAAGCAGCAGAGCUGGGAGCAGAGCAGAGUUGGACCGCUGUUUAGGGGGCCACAGCUGGCUGCCAAGAAAGCAGCCCUGGUAGCAGGGGUUGUGCGACCAGCUGCUGAGGAUCUUCCAGCUGACAAAGCUCUAGCUCGGCUAAGUGUGGAGCUCUCUGCUGGGGAGAUCCCUAGCAGCUUUGAAGGAGACAUUGUUGGAAGAGUCAUUCCAUCUACAGAUACCUCCUGGCCCUGCCUUCCCCCUUCAGAACCUGUGCCAAAUUGUGCAGAUGUACGAGGGACAUUCCCAGCAGCCUGGUCUGCAACCCAGAUUGCAGAGAUGAACCUCUCAGACUUUGAGGACUGCCUGACACUAUUUGUAGGAGAUGCAGGACUUGGGCCCAAGGAAUUGUGGGCAGCAUGGGGAAAGCAAAACAGGUUAGUGAUGGAGAGCCAAGUAAGGUCGGCCAUGAGGAAGCUCUUUGAGUGUGAUUUGUGGGGUCCCCACCGGGGAUUUCAUCCUGAGCAGAUCCUGCAGCUUGGUCGGCUCUUAAUAGGUCUAGGAGAUCGGGAACUACAGGAGCUGAUCCUAGUGGACUGGGGAGUGCUGAGCACCCUGGGGCAGAUAGAUGGCUGGAGCUCCACUCAGCUCCGCGUUGUGGUCUCCAGUUUCCUACGGCAGAGUGGUCGGCAUGUGAGCCACCUGGACUUCAUUCAUCUGACAGCGCUGGGUUAUACGCUCUGUGGACUGCGGCCAGAGGAGCUCCAGCACAUCAGCAGUUGGGAGUUAGGUCCUGGACGCGGUCUUCUUCCUUCCUUCCCACUGUUCUACAGCCAAGCAGCUCUCUUCCUGGGCACCCUGCAUCUCCAGUGCUCUGAAGAACAACUGGAGGUUCUGGCCCACCUCCUUGUACUGCCUGGUGGCUUUGGCCCAAUCAGUAACUGGGGGCCUGAGAUCUUCACUGAAAUUGGCACCAUAGCAGCUGGGAUCCCAGACCUGGCUCUUUCAGCAUUGCUGCAGGGACAGAUCCAGGGCCUUACUCCUCUUGCCAUUUCUGUCAUCCCUCCUCCUAAAUUUGCUGUGGUGUUUAGUCCCACCCAACUAUCUAGUCUCACCAGUGCUCAGGCUGUGGCUGUCACUCCUGAGCAAAUGGCCUUUCUGAGUCCUGAGCAGCGACGAGCAGUUGCAUGGGCCCAGCAUGAGGGCAAGGAGAGCCCGGAACAGCAAGGUCGAAGUACAGCCUGGGGCCUCCAGGACUGGUCACGACCUUCCUGGUCCCUGGUAUUGACUAUCAGCUUCCUUGGCCACCUGCUCUGAGCCUGUCUCUACAGUAGAAGGAGAUUGUGGGGAGAGAAAUCUUAAGUCAUAAUGAAUAAAGUGCAAACAGAAGUGCA